AUGCAGCAUUCCAAGGAGGAGGAGAAAGGUCCUGCCACGACGCUCGCACUGGACCGAUCCGACACCAGUGCGAGCGGCAUGGGUAUCGGCACCGUUACUGACAUGCCUUCGGGAGCGCAGUCGUUGCAUCGAAGUCUGCGUGGCAAGGAAGUCCAACUUUUCGCCAUUGGUGGAGCAAUUGGCACGUCUCUUUACGUGCAGAUGGGGUCCGCCCUGCCCAAGGGCGGUCCGGCGGGACUUUUCAUUGCAUUUCUCCUCUGGGGCGGCGUCAUGUGGGCGGUCAAUGAGUGCUUCGCCGAGAUGGUGACCUAUGCGCCCAUUCUGUCCCCCUUCAUCCGUUUCGGUACAGAGUGGGUCGACGGUGCUCUCGGCUUUGCCAUGGCCUGGAAUUUCUUCUUCUCCAUGGCCUUCCUGGUCCCUUUCGAGAUUGUCGCCAUGAACAUCAUGCUCACCUUUUGGACUGAUAAAGUGCCAGUCGAGGCCGUCAUCGUCGUCAUGAUGCUGCUCUACACCUUCCUGAACAUGGUUACCGUCCGAUACUUUGGCGUUGCAGAAUUCUACUUGUCCAUCUUCAAAGUCUUGCUAAUGUUGGGCCUAUUCAUGUACACAUUCAUCACCAUGGUCGGCGGAAAUCCCUUGCAUGAUGCGUACGGGUUCCGGUACUGGAAAGAUCCUGGAGCAUUUGUGUCACACCUGGAGCCCGGCUCAGUCGGAAAGUUUCUUGGGAUCCUCUCCUGUAUCUACCAAGCAAGUUUCUCGAUUACUGGGCCAGAGUACAUCUCCAUGGUAGCGGCUGAGACUGAGAUGCCACGCAAGAUCCUCCCCCCUGCAUUCAGAUCCUUCGUCUGGCGCCUGUUGGUGUUCUUCGUCGGCUCUGCGCUCUGCAUGGGCAUUGUCGUUCCCUAUAACGACGGGACACUGAAUGCCAUCCUCAGUGGCGAUAUUCCGGGGAGCGGAACAGGUGCAGCAUCUCCGUAUAUCAUAUCGAUGGAGCGCCUUAAAAUCUCGGGCUUGCCUAACCUGGUCAACGCCCUAAUCAUGACAUCCAUCUUCAGCGCAGGCAAUGCUCUCCUCUAUGCUGCCACCCGCACUUUACAUGGCAUGUCACUUGAAGGCCAUGCACCCCGAUUCUUCUCGAGAUGCACGAAGAACGGUGUGCCGAUCUGGUCCCUGGCAUUCUCCCUUCUCUUCUGCCUAUUGGCUUUCCUGCAAGUCAACAAGUCCUCGGCAAGCGUCCUCACCUACCUUGUUGACCUCGUCACCUGUUGCCAGAUGCUCAACUACGGCUUCACUGCAGUCACGUAUCGCCACUUCUUCUCUGCUCUUCAGAAACAAGGCAUAUCUCGCGACACGCUUCCAUAUAAAGGACGAUUCCAGCCGUAUACGUCAUACCUUGCCAUGGCCGGCACGUUGUUUGUAUUACUCAUGGCGGGCUAUGAUCUGUUCCUCGAUGGCGGAUGGGACGUCAUGUGGUUCUUCCUCGAUUACGGAAUGAUCGGUUUCUUCAUCCUGGCUUUCGUCUUUUGGAAGUUGGUGUGGAGGACCAAGUACGUUCGCCCGGGAACUGCAGAUCUGGGUCUCGGCGGAUUGAAGGAGCAGAUUGACAAUUACGAGGCCGUCCAUGUUCCCCGGGAGCCGGGCAGAGUCGGCCGCAUUGUGAACAAAGUAUUUGAGUAG